AUGUUUAGAGCCAGAACCUAUAGUACCAGUAAGGAGGGAAAUCGAAUAAGUGAAUUCAAAAGUUUAUAUUUUCAGAUCAAAAAACACCUUGAUAAGGUGAACAUUAGUUUGAGGUAUGAACAAUUGAAAACCCCUGAGAUAUAUUCUACAUUGGUUAAAUCAAUAGUGGAGAAGUUAUUACCAGUGAAUAACAUAUACAUGAUAUAUGUUUUAUUGUUGGUAAGGUAUGAAUAUAUGAUACAAUCUGAAAAUGAUUUGAUGAAGUACGAUUUAUUGAUGACCAAAGCCAAUUUGAGUGAGAUAUUGGCAAUCAGGAUGUUAAGAGAGUACAGAUCGGUUGAUAGAACCAAUAUGCUAUUCAUCAACACUCCAGUGAAGGGAACACCAUUGAACGUUAUCGAGUUAACGAUAUUAUCAAAACUGAAGAAAUUCUUAUCGCAACCAAUUAUAGUACAUAUACUUGAUAAGUUUUAUAAGGGGAAUCUUGUUAUUAAGCAAUAUAAGAAUGAGAAUGAAGAAAACGGUUUAUUGAUUGAUAAUGUGGUUGACCACCAGUAUGAAAGAGUAUCGAUUGGCAAGAUGAUAAGCCGAUCUAAUAAAGUUCCAAAAUAUCAAUCGAUAAUUAUAAAUAUGAAAUAUAUUGGAUUAACUGUUUUAUACUUGAUAUUCAUGAAUGGACAAAACAAGUAUGCCGAGAUAAUGUUUUGGAUCCUUGGACUAAGUUUCAAUAUUGAAAUGGCUAUAAAAUUUUAUCAUAUCGAAUACAUUUUCCUUAAAAAAAUCCUAUGGACGUACGUCGAUAUGGUUAUAUUAUUAAUGAUUGACGUAUGUUUUAUAUUGAAAGUUAGUGACAUUCAGUAUCAGGAUUAUUUCAGUAUAUUAUCGAUAAUCUUGUUUCCUCGGAUUCUAUCAAUCUUUAAUAAUUAUGAAUUUUUCCAUAUGAUCAUACUUUCAUUCAAGAAAAUGUUAUGGAAUAUGAUUGGAAUGUUUAUACUUUUUUUAUCCUUGAUAUUUGGGUUUUUCAUUUGCUUUAUCAGUUUAACCAUUAACAAAAGCAAUUAUGAAAUUGCUUUUGAUAUGUUGAAAGUAUUUUUUGGUUUCACUCCGGCCAUUUGGACCAAUUGGGAUAACUAUACUGAUAUGGGCAAAGUUGUUCAAAUGAGUUACUUAUUCUUGAUCCAAUUCAUUAUCAAUACUAUAUUGGCAAUUGUAUUGGGGAAUAUUUUUGUCAAAAUAAAUCAAAGCAAUAAGGAAGAAUUUGAAUAUUUCAAAACUAUCAAUCUAAUCAUAUACUUAAAAUGGAGUCAGUUAAAUGAAAAUUUCUUAUUGAAAUUAUUGAAAUUCCCCAUUGUGAUUCAAAUAUUCGUUUAUGAAUUAUUAAAUUCUUUGUUCUCUAAGAGAAAAGAACAAGUUAAAACUUUCCAAUUCUUCGAUAAGGAGGAUUACGAAGAAGUGAGAAGCAGAAGAUUCAGUAAUGCUACUUUCAAGAAGAAGCUUCUUCCAGUCCAAUCGAUAUCCACUCUAGGCAUCCGAAGUGCAUCAACUGACUCAACGUUCAUCGAUGAAAUAUUAAACAAGAAAUACCCCACCAAACUACAUAAAGUAACCUCCAAUAAUCUGGAAUCGGCGAAAAACGAUGAAUUAAUGAAAAAAUUAGAUGAUCUACAAGAUACCAUGAACAAUCUAGUCAACGAUCGAUUUGACCACGAUCUGGUUUAUCUAAAUAACUCUGACCAAGACUCUGAUUAUGAAAUCUAG